UGCCGAGCCCAGCGACAUCCCAGGACAUCAGGUUCCCAGGAAGCAGCGGAGGCAGUGUGGCAAUGAAGACCCUGAGGGGCAGCGUCCCGGCGCUGCUGCCGCUGCUGCUCCUGAACCUGCUUCAUGUCUCCCAGGCCCAGGUCUUCUGCAUGCCUGGCAUCCCGGGUAUCCCAGGGAUACCGGGCCCUGAUGGCAUACCUGGGACCCCGGGGAUCAAGGGAGAGAAAGGCAUCAGUCCCCAUCACUGUCAAGCACGUCCCAGACUUGGAAAGCCGGGCUGGAAGGAGACUCAGAGGACAUCCUAUCCUCUUGUUCACAUGGGCACUGGGGCCUGGAGCAAAGCAGGGACCAGUCCAAGGGUUGCCAGGGCAAGUAAGAGACCACAAUGAGGUUGGAGAGAAGGGAGAUCCAGGGAUUCCUGGGAUUCCAGGAAAAGUCGGCCCCAAGGGCCCCAUCGGCCCCAAAGGUACCCCAGGGCCUCCUGGAGCCCGUGGCCCCAAGGGCGAGUCCGGAGACUACAAGGCCACACAGAAAAUCGCCUUCUCCGCCAAGCGUACCAUCAACACCCACCUGCGGCCAGACCAGGCCAUCCGCUUUGAUCAGGUGAUCACCAACGCCAAUGAGAACUACGAGUCUCGAAGUGGCAAGUUCACGUGCAAGGUGCCCGGCCUUUACUACUUCACCUAUCAUGCCAGCUCUCGAGGGAACCUGUGCGUGAACCUCAUGCGUGGCCGAGAGCAGGUGCGGAAGGUGGUCACCUUCUGCGACCAGGUCCAGAACACCUUCCAGGUCACCACGGGCAGCAUUGUGCUCAAGCUAGAGGUGGAGGAGACCGUCUUCCUGCAGGCCACCGAGAAGAGCUCCCUGCUGGGCAUCGACGGCGCCAACACCAUCUUCUCUGGGUUCCUGCUCUUCCCAGAUGCAGAGGCAUGACCUGUGGGGCUGAUUCACUCCCUCCCCCACCAGCCAUGCUCACUUUACCCCCAACAGCACUCCCCUCCCCCAGGCAAAGCACACAGUAGGGCUCCAUGGAUAUUGCUGAAUGAACAAGUAAAUAAACUUUUCAAGGCCAAGA